AACAUGGCAGCGACCUGGAGCUCACUGUUCUACCUGUUGGCAGGGAUCAAGCUCUGCAUAUAGGGAUGAGCAGCAUUUUCCUCGAAGUGGUUUCAGCAUAGCCAGGCUUGCAAUUACAGGGAUCUGUCGUUGGCGAUGGAAAAACUGCCAGCAGAGGUUCUUGAGCCUAGACUGAAAUAUACAUGUGAAAUGUGUGGACGACAGUUCUCCCACAUCUCGAAUCUGAACAAGCAUCGAAACAUUCACUUGGGCAUCAAGCCCUUCAUCUGUCAGACUUGUGGUAAGCGCUUCACUCAGAUUGGGAGCCUUCGAUACCAUCUCGACAUGCAUGAAGGGAAGAAGAUGCAUCAGUGUUCCCUGUGUGAAGAAACAUUUGAGAACAGAAUUCGUCUCAAGAAUCACGUGAAGAGGAAGCAUGGAUCUAGUCCUGGACUGAUACCCCCUGCAGGGAGAAAAAAGCGAGAAUUUGUUUGCUACAUCUGUGGGAAGCUGUUUGUUGCUCGGAGAGAGUUAACAAUGCAUGAAGACCAGCACCAGAUAACUAGAGACCUAACAUGCAGAGCAUGUCACAAGUUAUUUGGCUCAGUUGAGGAGGCCAAGUCACAUAAUUGUAGCUUGAAUCCUACUUCUCCAGGGCCAGAGAACUUUCAACAGGAACUUGUUUGGAGUGAUCUGGUGGAAAAUAACUUCCCCCUCUCCCCACAGGAUAUGGGAGCCUUCUUAUCAGACUUUGAUCUCACAAAUUUGAAGCAAGAUGGCACUUACUUGAAUAUAGAUCUCCCCCAACUCUGCCUGCCUACCCAACAUGAACCAGAUAAAGAUUCAUGCUAUCAAGUGGAUGGACCAGUGGAGAAGAGAGAAACAGUAGAGAUACUGCAACAUGUGGAUGAGGCAAUUGAGCGAGUUGUUGGACGUGUGUGUCACCAGCAGCAUGUUUGUCUUGUGUGUAACAAGCCAUUCAGCAAGCCAUGUUUUCUUGAGAGACACCUUGGGACACAUGAUCCAUCCCUCCGUCCUUUCUCUUGCUCUCAGUGUGGUAAAUCAUUCUCAUACCGCCAGCUGCUUCAAAGACACAUUCAUGCAACUCAUGAGUCCCGAAAGCAAGAUGACUUCUAUGUCUGUCCUGUGUGUCACAAGGCAUAUCUUCAUAAGCAUACUCUCAAGGACCACUUGAGCAGAGAACACCUUAAGGAGAAGCGAUAUUCAUGUGAGGAAUGUGGCAAGGUAUUUUUUAAGCAGGAUGAUCUCAAGAAACAUCUCAGAAUUCAUUCAGAUGAUCGUCCAUUCAUAUGCACUGUUUGUGGACUGAUGUUUCGUACAUCCAGUCACCUUCUGGAUCAUGAAAGGCGGCAUCAAGGUCAGAACACAUUUAAUUGCAAGCAUUGCAAUGCUCAGUACUCCACUGCCUUCUCCCUUCGCAAGCAUUUGAGGGAGAAGCACAGCAUAAUUUCUGAUAAAAUCUACUCUAGGCACAAGCACAAGCCUCCUCUUCAUGGCACUGCUGAGACUUCUCAUUGAUCUGUUGGCAAUAUUGAAUAAAUAAGGAAGAAAAG